AUGCGGUGUAGAAACAUGUUCUUCUCGUUUAAGGCAUCUCUUUGUGGCUGCGGGGCUGCCACCGGCCCGAGUUUGACAGCUAUCGGCUGUACUCUGAACUGCAGUUGCCAAAGCUUCAAGCCUGGGAAGAUAAACCACCGUCAGUGCGAACAGUGCAGGCACGGAUGGGUGGCUCAUGCCCUCAGUAAGCUGAGGAUCCCCCCUGUGUAUCCGACAAGCCAAGUGGAAAUUGUCCAGUCCAGUGUGGUGUUCGAUAUCAGCAGCCUCAUGCUCUAUGGGACCCAGGCCAUUCCCGUUCGCCUGAAAAUCCUGCUGGACCGGCUCUUCAGUGUGCUGAAGCAGGAUGAGGUCCUGCAGAUCCUCCACGCCUUGGACUGGACGCUUCAGGAUUACAUCCGUGGCUAUGUGCUACAGGAUGCCUCAGGGAAGGUGUUGGAUCACUGGAGCAUCAUGACCAGUGAGGAGGAAGUGGCUACCUUGCAGCAGUUCCUUCGUUUUGGAGAGACCAAGUCCAUAGUUGAGCUCAUGGCAAUCCAAGAGAAGGAAGAGCAGUCCAUCAUCAUCCCACCCUCCACGGCAAACGUGGACAUCAGGGCUUUCAUCGAGAGCUGCAGCCAUAGGAGUGCCAACCUCCCCACUCCAGUGGACAAGGGAAACCCCAGCAACAUGCACCCCUUUGAGAACCUUAUAAGCAACAUGACUUUUAUGUUGCCUUUCCAGUUCUUCAACCCUCUGCCUCCUGCUCUGAUAGGGUCACUGCCUGAGCAAUAUAUGCUGGAGCAGGGUCAGGACCAGAGCCAGGACCCCAAACAGGAGCUCCACGGGCCCUUCUCUGACAGCAGCUUCUUAACUUCCACACCAUUUCAGGUUGAAAAAGAACAGUGUCUGAACUGUCCAGAGGCCGUCACCCAAAAGGAAGACGGUGCACACUUAAGUGACUCCAGCUCCUACAGCAUCGCCACCAAGCUGGAAAGGACCCAGCUGUCGCCUGAGGCCAAAGGGAAGCCUGAGAGGACCAGCCUUGGAGCAAAGAAGGGCCGCGUGUUCUGCACCGCGUGCGAGAAGACGUUCUACGACAAGGGCACUCUCAAGAUCCACUACAACGCCGUCCACCUGAAGAUCAAGCACAAGUGCACCAUCGAAGGCUGUAACAUGGUGUUCAGCUCCCUGAGGAGCAGGAACCGGCACAGCGCCAACCCCAACCCCCGCCUGCACAUGCCAAUGAACAGAAACAACCGCGACAAAGACCUCAGGAACAGCCUGAACCUGCCAAGCUCAGGGACCUACAAGCGCCCGGGCUUCACGGUGAUGUCUCCGGACUGCGGGCCCCUCCCAGCCUACGCUAGCUCUGUGGAGGACUCCAAAGGCCAACCGACUUUUUCCAGCAUUGGGCAAAACGGUGUCCUUUUCCCUAACCUAAAGACUAUCCAGCCAGUCCUUCCUUUCUACCGCAGUCCAGCUACUCCCGCUGAGCUGGCAAACACACCUGGCAUGCUGCCUUCUCUCCCUCUGUUGUCCUCUUCAAUCCCAGAACAGCUGGCUUCCACGGAAAUGCCAUUUGAUGCUCUUCCCAAGAAGAAAUCCCGGAAGUCCAGUAUGCCUAUCAAAAUAGAGAAAGAAGCUGUGGAGAUAGCUGAUGAGAAGAGACACAGACUCAGCUCAGAUGAUGACACUCCCCUGCAGGUAGUCAGUGAAGAUGAGCCAGAGGACAACAGCCCUCAGUCAGAAGUGGUGCCUGAGGAGCAGCAUACCAAGCUAAGCCCAGAGAAGCCUCCCCCACAGGGGGAAAGACCGUGCCAUCUUGAAUCUGUGAUUGAGUCUCACAGAGCUGUCAGCAGAACCCUUGAGCAGACUACACACACAGAGAGGGAGGCUGAGCAGAAGUUAGCGUUGACCUCAGCGAUGCCAAGAGAGGAUGGUGGCCAUGAGCGCCACUGCACACCUGGUCUGGGGCCCCAAAUCCCUUUUCCUGACUACGUGGAAUGGCAGCAGCGCCUGCUGGCUGGGGGCCUCUUGAGUGCGUUGUCCAAUAGGGGGAUGGCUUUUCCUUUCCUGGAAGAGUCUAAAGAAUUGGAACAGCUGGGCGAGCAUGCUCUGGUGAGAGAGAAGGAAGAGAACCACUUCCAGUGUGACAUCUGCAAGAAGACCUUUAAAAACGCCUGCAGCGUGAAGACACACCAUAAGAACGCACAUGCCAAAGACACCCACACGUGCACGGUGGAGGGGUGCCGUGCCGCCUUCCCAUCCCGGAGAAGCAGAGACAGACACAGCGCGAACCUCAGCCUCCACCAGAAGGUACUGAGUGAUGAAACAUUGGAGAGUAGUGAGGACCACUUCCGUGCAGCUUACCUUCUGCAGGAUGUGGCCAAGGAGGCCUAUCCGGAUGUGGCUUUCACGCCACAAGCAUCACAGACAUCUGUCAUCUUCAAGGGAACGAGUGGCAUGGGCAGUCUGGUUUACCCAAUAUCUCAAGUUCACAGUGCCGGCCUGGAGAGCUACAACUCCGGUCCCCCUAGCGAGGGCACCAUCCUGGAUUUGAGCACUACCUCAAGUAUGAAGUCAGAGAGCAGCAGUCACUCCUCGUGGGACUCUGAUGGGGUGAGCGAGGAGGGUGCUGCUCUUCUGGAGGACAGUGACGGGAACCUUGAAGGACAGAGCCUUGUCUCUGGGGAAGACGAGUACCCCAUCUGUGUGCUGAUGGAGAAGGCUGACCAGAGCCUUGCUGGUCUGCCCUCUGGCUUGCCCAUAACCUGUCAUCUCUGCCAAAAGAUAUACAGUAACAAAGGGACCUUCAGGGCCCAUUACAAAACCGUGCACCUCCGCCAGCUCCACAAGUGCAAAGUGCCGGGCUGCAACACCAUGUUCUCCUCUGUCCGCAGCAGGAACAGGCACAGCCAGAACCCCAACCUGCACAAGAGCCUGGCCUCGUCUCCAAGCCACCUCCAGUAG